ACAUUUUUUAUGUUAUUGAAUGAAAUAAGGUGUUGUGUAGUGUUUUGUACAUUUAAAUAAAUUUUUUUCUUCUAUUUUUACACAACACUACGUGAUGGAAGAUGACUACUCUACUGUUUAUUCAUGGGUUGACAAGAGUGGAAUUAUUUCAAAUAUUCGAACACAUCUUAGGCGAAAUUUAGUAAAUGCCCUGAAAAAUCGAGAUUUGGCGCAAAGAUUUGUAAAUGCUACUCCAAAAUCAGCCAAACAGUACAUUUAUGAUUUACUCAUAGCUGAGUAUUUGUGGAAUCACAAUUAUGUCUGUACAUUAUCAGUGUUUGCAAGUGAAGCUCCACUUUUAGUUAAUUUUAAUAAACACAUUAGAACUAGCAAUGAGCAAGAUGACAGCAUUACUGGACAUAAACUACAGAAUGAUUAUGUUCAUCAUACGUUAGAAACUUUAGGCAUUGAACCUACAAAAGCCAAAGGUCAAAGUAUUAUAAAAAACUAUGCAGAUAAUGAUAUGCCGCUUCUUCUGUGUAUAUUACAAUAUAUUAAAACAACAGAAUAUAAGUGUUACAGUAGUGAUGAACAACAGUCAAAUGUUAAAGAUACCAGGGGCAUAGGAGUACAAACAACAGAGACUGGAGAAACUAUUAUUAACAAAUUAACCAAAAUAGCAAUUGCCAAAAAAAAAUUAUUGCAUCAAAAAAAUUUAUUUGAUGCACAAUUAAAACAAAAAGAAAUUGAAUUGAGAGAACAGGCUGCUCUUAUGGAAAAGCAGCUAUUGUUGUUGCAAGAGAAAUUGGAGCAUGCACAGAAAUUGAUGUAUGUAUGUGAUCAGAAAGAAAAACAACUCAAUGAAGAAAAGCGACAAGAACAAUUACGAAUUUCACAAAAAGAAAACGAACUAGCUGUGAAAGAAAAACUUUUGUUGCAGGAAGCAAACAGACUGGACAAAGAACGGGAUAGUUACCGGCAGUUUGAGGGAAAUUUGAAAAAGUUGCAAGAUGAACUUACAAAAGCUCAACACGAAGUGACUCACAAUAAAGUACAAAACUUGAAUCUUAAUGUAAAUAACGUGCAAGUGCAAACGGAUUUUGAGAGUUUUGUGUUAGCUCAUAACGAGCGAAACCUUUUGAGCCAAGAGAAACAAGAUUUGAAUGGACUUGUUCAAGCUCAACAGGCGAGAAUAGAACAGUUAACGUCCCGAGUUGUGCAUUUAUCGAGGAAGUUGGAGGAAACACAACUAAAAAGUACUCGAAACAUUGAACUACCUUCUCCAUGCAUCAAAUUGUUAAAUACAAAUACUGUAAUUAGUGAAAGUAGCUCAACAGAAGAUAUAAUUCAAGAUGCUAAAAAUCGUCUCCGUCGACUCGAGGAGGAAAGCAUGCGAGCUGAUCAGUAUUACUUAAAUUUUAUCAAUAAUUCGUCGCACUGAUUGUGAAAAUUUGUUAAAAAAUGUGAAUAAUUCAGUUUUCAGUAUUAAGGGUGUAAAGUACAAGUAAGAAUUAAAAAUGUUUUGAUCAA